AUGUACGGCGAUACCACAUCGGCUCGUCUCCAGAAACUCAAGGAUGACUUCGAUGCGCGUGCGAUCCGAGAAAUGGCGAGUCCACUCAAAAAGAUCUGUCCCGAUGUAGAACACGAAGUCGUUGGCGAUGAUGUAGGCGGCGUCAAGGGCAGGCCUGAUAGUGCGAGAAAUCAGUACUUGGACGCCUACGGCCACGAUACGCCUUCUGCUCGAGCUUGA